GCGGAAAGGCGAGGAGCCCGGGCCGUUCCGAUGGCUGUGGUGUGGCCUGGGGAGGAGGUGACCCCGGGUUCGUCCCCGGCGGACUCUGGGGACGGCCCGGUCGCGGCGGGCGGCCUGUCGGCCCUCGGCCCAUCUCCCCGCCGAUUGGCUCUCCCCUCCUCGGGGGCGGGGCCCGGGCGGCACCUCCCGCCUGCCGCGCGGCGCGGACCUCCGGGAUUCCUAGAGAGGACUCGGAAGUGCUCUCGGGGGUGGGCUUGAUGGCUGCAGCUAGGACUUGCUUACUUCCGGCGAGUUAGCGUCGGGCAGUGUCGGCUUCGGUUUGCUCUCGGUUUGUAAGGAAGACCUCGUUUCAGCCUCUGCCGCGGGGAGCUGGCAGUCCUGGAGCGCUCCCGGGGCCCGGGGCCUUGAGGCGGGGGGUGGGGCUUUGUGUCCGGACGGGGGUCCUGUCUCUAACCUUGAACGGGCCCGCCUGCGUGUCUCUGUCGGGGUCAAAGGCGAUUCCGAGGGAUUCAGGUCUAAAUCUGCCCCGCAAAGCCCCUGCUUCUCCUCGGGACGAAUAAGGGCUGCGUCCCAUCGGUCACGCGUCUGUGGCUCGAGGGACAGGACCGGUUCUGACCAUUUUGAUGUUUCCCACCCCUGUUCUGACUGAAGUCUGAGAGAAGGAACCGCUGCACUGGACUCGUUAGCUCGUCUGGCCCCACUCUCUGUGAAAUGUCAAGUUUUUCACUUCUCAGGCUGUGAUGUCAGGUUAUCAUGGUUCUCCAUCACAUUUUUUUUUAAGUGUUGAAGAUACUACUGGUUGUAUGCGUGGAUCGAGGGCUGCUUUGUAAACCACUGUUAGGUAAAUUACUUUGUGGAGUGGACCUUGUCGCCAUCUGUGUUUGCUAAAUAAUGGUUCCCGCUGUGUCAGUAGGUUGUACGAUUCUGAAAGCGUCUUUCAGAAGAUCGUAAGAAGCAGAAGAGAAGUUGGGUCAGAGUAGGGCAGCCAGCCCUGGGUUGGAAUGAUAAUGACGGAAUCCCGGCGAGUCGCAGACUUAGACUCCCCGGCGGAGCCUCCGCAGGAGCAGGAAGACCUCCUGAUAGUGAAAGUGGAGGAAGAAGACUGCACCUGGAUGCAGGAGUACCACCCGCCAGCGUUCGAGACGGUCUACCAGCGCUUCCGGCACUUCCAGUACCAUGAGGCCUCGGGACCCCGCGAGGCGCUCAGCCAGCUGCGCGUGCUCUGCUGUGAGUGGCUGCGGCCCGAGCUGCACACCAAGGAGCAGAUCCUGGAGCUGCUGGUGCUCGAGCAGUUCCUGACCAUCCUGCCGGAAGAGUUCCAGGCCUGGGUGCGGGAGCAUCACCCUGAGAGCGGAGAAGAGGCCGUGGCCGUGGUUGAAAGUAUACAGAGGGAGCUCGAGGAACGUAGGCAACAGAUUGUUGCGUGUCCUGAAGUGCCUCCUCAGAAGAUGGUGCCGCCUGGAGCAGUGCAGGAGUCCUUCAGUCACCAGCUCCGGUCUGUGAACAGCCAGCCUGAGCAAGAGCCACAGACGCCACAUCUUCUGGGGGAAAAUGCCCUUCCUGUUCUCCAAGUUCCUUCCCUUCCCCUGAAGGACAGCCAGGAGCUGACAACCUCACUUCUCUCAGCUGGGUCCCAGAAGUUGAUGAAAAUUGAAGAUGUGGCUGAUGUGGCUGUGUCCUUCUUCUUGGAGGAAUGGGGACAUUUGGACCCGUCCCAGAAGUCCCUAUAUAGGGAUGGCAGGAAGGAAAAUUAUGGGAAUAUUGCAUCCAUGGAUUGUGAGCCCGGGGCCAAUACGGAGCUCACGGUAAAGCAGAUUGCUGAGGAAGCCACAUCGCAUUGGAUGGCACCGGGAAGCACCGAGCGGAACAUUCCUCAGAGUCAAGGGUUUGCAGAAGUCAGCGACCUUAAGGGCAUGGUCCAGAGGUGGCAGGUGAACUCCGCUGUGGGAAAAUCAAGGCAGAAUUCUUCUCAGAAAAGAGAUCUCAGCACUGGCAAGGACCUUAACCGUAAGCAGAACACAAAUGGUGAGAGAGGUCACAGAUGUCUCGACUGUGGCAAAUUUUUUCUUCAAGCCUCAAACUUCAUUCAACAUCGGCGAAUCCACACUGGAGAAAAACCGUUUACAUGUGGCGAAUGUGGGAAAAGCUAUAAUCAGCGCGUGCACCUCACUCAGCACCAGCGAGUCCACACUGGUGAGAAACCCUAUAAAUGUCAGGUGUGCGGAAAAGCAUUCCGGGUGAGCUCUCAUCUCGUGCAGCAUCAUAGCGUCCACAGUGGAGAGAGACCCUAUGGGUGUAAUGAAUGUGGGAAGAACUUUGGUCGGCAUUCACACCUGAUCGAACACCUGAAACGCCACUUCAAGGAGAAAUCCCAGAGAUGCAGUGACAAAAGAAAGAAUACAAAGUUGAAUGUCAAGAAAAUUUCAGAAUUUUCAGAAGCAGACAUGGAACUAUCAGGAAAAAUCCAAAGAAAUGUUUCUCAAGUUCAAGAUUUUGCAGACGACUAUGACCACCAAGGCCUGGUGGAUAGAAAACCAGGAAUUCCCAUGAAAGAGAUACUAGGACAACCCUCUUCAAAGAGGGUGAAUUGCAGUGAAGUCCGGUACAUCCACAAAAAAUCCUCCACAGGAGAGAGACCACACAAAUGUAAUACAUGUGGAAAGAGUUUUAUUCAGAGUGCACAUCUUAUUCAACAUCAGCGAAUCCACACUGGAGAGAAACCAUUUAGGUGUGAUGAAUGUGGGAAAAGCUACAAUCAACGUGUACACCUCACUCAGCAUCAGCGAGUCCACACUGGUGAAAAACCCUACACCUGUCAUCUGUGUGGGAAAGCCUUUAGAGUGAGAUCCCAUCUUGUUCAGCAUCAGAGUGUGCACAGUGGAGAGAGACCCUUUAAGUGUAAUGAAUGUGGGAAAGGCUUUGGGAGGCGUUCACACCUUGCUGGACAUCUGCGACUCCACUCUAGAGAGAAAUCUCAUCAGUGCCAUGAAUGUGGAGAGAUCUUUUUUCAGUACGUUAGCCUGAUUGAGCACCAGGUGCUUCACAUGGGUCAGAAAAGUGAAAAAAAUGGCAUUUGUGAGGAAGCAUACAGUUGGAACUUGACUGUGAUUGAGGAUAAGAAGAUUGAGUUACAAGAGCAGCCCUACAAGUGCGAUAUAUGUGGAAAAACCUUUGGGUACAGUUCAGACCUUAUUCAGCACUACAGAACUCAUACUGCAGAGAAAACCCAUAAAUGUGAUAUAUGUAGAGAAAAUGUUGGCCAGUGUUCCCACAAAAAACAACAUCCAAAAAUCUGUCCCAGCACGAAGUCCCAUCAGUGUGAUGAAUGUGGAAGAGGCUUCACUCUGAAGUCGCAUCUUAGUCAACAUCAAAGAAUCCAUACUGGUGAGAAACCCUAUCAAUGUAAAGAAUGUGGAAUGAGUUUUAGUUGGAGUUGUAGCCUGUUUAAACAUCUGAGAAGCCAUGAGAGGACAGAUUCCAUAAACACCCUAAGUGUGUAAGUAUUUCUACUACACAACAGCUCUUAGUUUUAGAAACACCUUCCUAAAGAGAAACGUUACUCCUACAAUGAGUACAACAGCUUCAGGUAUUUGAAGUUUGCCAUCAAACUACAGAUAUGUUGAGAUCCUUCAGGCAGAAUUCAGCCUUUGGGAACAUUGGAGAAUUCACAAUAAAUAGAUAUGUUUGCUUUCCCCACUAAGAAAUGUUUGGGUUAGCAUUUUCAUGCUUGGGAAUCUAGACAAAGAGAACCUAUGGCUAUGGUGGAUGAUGGAGAACCUUCAGGUGACACACCUUCAUUUGAAACUCAGAAAACUGAUUCUGGGAAAAACCUCAUGGAUGCAGUAGAAAUAAGCUUUAUUUGUAGUUUUCUGCUUUGACAGCCUAUCUAUUCAGGGAAGAGUGCAGUGAAAAAAGAACUCCAGCAUGACACCCAUUUUGGUACCUCAGCAAUGAACCUUUUUUAGAAAUAAUUAUCCCAGCCACUACAAUACUCCAGUCACUGUUCCCAUCUUGAAUAUUAAAACCCUUUGAAAAGAAACUGGCAGGUCAUCUAUUUUGGCAAAAUUGGGUGCAGAGGCUAGAUGGUAUGGUGUGUAUGUUUCUACUGCGAUAUUCAAUCUGCAACUUCUUGAAACGUAUGUUGUUUUCUUUUGAUUCUAGUAGCAUUAAGGAUAGCCAGUAUACGAAGAGGAGUUAAACUAGUAAAAUCAGGAGAAACUGUGCUGCUUAGUCACAUCUUAAGAUGAAGGAACCAGGGGCCUUAGAGGAAUAGACUAGAAGGGAAAAACUGGGGUGGUCUGUAUUUUAUGACUCAAAAUAAGGGCAGCUAAAUCUAUACAAUAAGUUGGAUCGAGUUAAAGGUCAAGUAAUAUGUGAGCUGAUUCCCAGGUGCCCUGAAGAUAGAUCUGCCUUAGAGUGACAGUGUUCAGAAUGAGUUUCAAUUCACUUCACAACUAGAACUCAAAGUCAGUAGUAACAGGGAACAGGCAUGAUGUGACCCAGUUAGCCCUGCCUUGUGGGAAGGUGUGGGUAGUGGUUUUGGGGGGGCAAGAAAGAUGACAUGGAUAAGAUCAUUAGCUUGAGCCUGUUAGCUAGGGAGGGUGAAAGUGCUUGAGUGUGCUGAAGCCCUGCCUCUGCUGAUUUGCCUGACAUACAGUAAGUGUUCCCUAAAUAUUUACGUCACUGUGGUAACCUAUCCAGACCCCUUUACCAAGUUGACACACCCAUUCUCUAGCUGCUCUGAGCUUGGGUGGUAAGUGCUCUGUUCUCUCAUUUCUCCAGAGACUCUAGGGGAACUGUCCUUGGACAGUGGAGGCUGCUUUCCAAAGGAGUUAUCAACCCUCCACACCCUCAGCCAAUGACUGAUAGCGGUACAAAAGGAUAAUUCACUUGCUUGGGGUGGGUGGGGAGUCUAUGCUGUAAUUAUGCUCCAGAACCCUCUCUUGGGAUCAAGCCAAAGCUAGGCUUUAUCUCAGCCUUUGUCCAUGCUCAGCUCUUUAACGUCUCUACCGUGUUUCAUUUUCCUUAAAUGUUUUUUUUCUUUCGAGGACACCCUCAAAUCAUGUGGCUCAGAAUCCCUGUGUCAGGCUCUGCUCCAGAGAACUGAUAUAGGACAUUUGUUAGAAUGAGUACUAGGAAGCUGACUGCUAGAAAGUUGUGAUGUCACAUGGAGUAUUGAUAGUCCUGGCAUGUGGCACCUGUUAAACCACUGAAACAUUCACUUAUUUAUUUUAUUUGACAGAUACAGUUAGACAGUGAGAGAGACACACAGAGAAAGGUCUACCUUCCGUUGGUUCACCCCCCUAAAUGGCCACUACGGCCCGAACUACGCCAAUCAGGAGCCAGGAGUCAGGAGCCUCCUCCUGGUCUCCUAUGUGGGUGGCAGGGGCCCAAGCACUUGGGCCAUCCUCCACUGCCUUCCCGGGCCACAGCAGAGAGCUGGACUGGAAGAGCAACAACUGGGACUAGAGCCCAGCACCCAUAUGGGAUGCUGGCGCUGCAGGCGGAGGAUUAACCAAGUGAGCCACAGCGCUAGCCCCAAAACAUUCACUUAUGAACUGAGAUGGUGUGCAUUGAGAAAGGUAGUAAUAACUUACAAAGAUUUGGACAAACAGGAAAAUAACAAGGAUUAUGAGAUUCAGAGGCUCUUGCUGAAAACCACUUAUUUUUAAAAGUAGCAGUACAAAAAAAAAAUUAAUGCAAAGUGUUAGAGGGCCUUCUUAGUAGCAUUUAAAGAGGCCCUCAACUACACACAAACCACAGAACUGAAGUUCAGCUCUAAGACUAAACAGAAUGAGAGAACUGCAGGAAUGCCAGACUUCUCAGCUGAGCAAAUCUAGCCAAAGUCAGUGCCAAAGGCUGUGGUGGGGAAGAGAUGGGCCUACAUGAGUAGCUGUAUUGAAUGCUUUAAAUCCCUAGAUUGCCCUGCAUUCUGGCCCUGUGCAAGUAGCCCACGAUGUUGGAAUGCCUUAAGUGAGGCAGGCGUUGUACUGUGUUAACAUAGUGUUGAUGCCCAGAAUCUGCUGCUGUCUGCUUACCUGUCUAUCAGGUGUGUAGGGUGAAGACUCACCAUCGGAUCUGAGUGCAAGUGCUACCUUGUGAACAGAGGGCAGGGGUCACAUCUAAGGAGCUACAGGGACUGAUGCGUGUGCUGGUAGGGCUGGGGGACUAUGAGAGUGGAUCCUGACCAGGGAGCGUCAUAUUUAAAAUCAGAAAGGGAAAUCCUGACAUGAGAGUACACUUCAAGUGACAAAACUCAACAUUGGCAAGAGGGAGACGAGUCUAACACUGCUGUGAUGAUUCUUGAAAGCUCUGAAAAAGCAGUGGCCCAAAAUGAAACGGUGAUAUCCAGGCUUGUGUGGCAGACUAAAGGGACUAAAGGCCCGUACAUAGACAAAACGGGAUGGCACUGCUGUAGUGAACCACCCAAACAACCCCUCACUGGCUGUGUUCUUCAGGAGGGCCUGAAGAGCACUGUUCACCAAGGUUGUAAGGAAGGCUUGCCAUGAGGCCCAUCAGCGUCACUGAAAAGCUUGCUGAUAGUCAUUUGCCAGGACUGAUAGUAAGCGAUGCUCAUACACAGCUGGGCUCCCUAGAAGCAAAAGUGGUCACAGAUUCUGGAAUAACAGAAGCCAGGUACGAAAGAAAGCAAAGUGGGUGUAAUUACUGUACUGGGCCGCAAGGCUGAGGGUGCAGAUGGCAGACUGACCUCAGGGUUGUAUGGAGAUGGCUGAAAUAUCAGUUGCCUAAUAUAAUUAGAAAAGAAUGAGUGAACAGACAUUUGGAGCCAACUGACCCAAGGAAAGGACACAUCUUGGCCUAAUUUGCAAGUGGAAGCCAACUCAUGCCUAGAAUCCAUUGACUGAAGGUGAAUCUAGUUCCCUUGAGGAAGGAUCCUGCUACACCAUGGCAAAGUAUAUGUAGUGUUUCCCCUAUCUGACCUACAGAGGCCCAUGGUCACCGAGGUAACCAUACACUAGAAAAGUGAACACCAUAGCUUCCCCAUUUCCCUCCCUCCCCCUUAGAGUAGGGGCGUACAGGAGUUAGGUAAUAAAUGGAGUCCUCAGAACCCUUUUCAUGAGCGGAUGCUCCCCCAGAGUGUCUUCAGCACAGAACUGUUCAUUGUAGUCAGUGUCUGGCUCCUUGAAUGACCGCAUGUGACUAGAGCUCACCAGCUUUUCCCGAGAUGGCACAUUAAAAAAAAAAAAAAUGUCUGUUUUACUUAGGCCAUUACAUUCUGAGCCUAUUUAUUUUGGCAUUUUAGCUGCCUCUAAAACAGCUGGUGCUAGUCAAACAGGACAAGAUAGAUUUUGCUACAUAAAAAUAAAUUUUAAACUUCCAUAUGGAAUACAGGCAAAGCUAAAAUAGGAGAAAAAUGUUUAUACAGUACAGAUGAGUCAUUAAUAUCCAUUCUGAAGAGAGCUCACACACAUGAGGGAGAAUGAGUAUCUACCAUCUGCUCAUUUAUUCCCUGAAUGCCUGCAACAGCUGGGGCUGGGCCAGGCUGAAGCCAGGAACCCAGAACUCGGUCUGGUCUUUCAGGUGGAGCCAUCAUUUUCUGCCUUCCCGGGUGCACAUUAGCAAGAAACAAAUUAGAAGUAGGGCUGGGACUAGAACCUAGGCCCUCUUUUAUGGGAUGUGGGUGUCCUAAGUGGCAUCUUAACUGCUAUAAAUACCUGCCCCUCUUAUUUUUGACUACCUAGCAUAGUUUAGAGUGUACAUAUAGAGCCAGUCUGGUUUUCUCAUCACUUAAUGCUUAAAUUUCCCCAAAAGGGAAAAAAAAUCAGAGGGAAAGAGAAAAAAAAGGCGGAGCCAGCUAGUUUUAAAUAGUGAGUUCUUGGGGCCGGGGCUGUGGCAUAGUGAGUAAAGCCGCUGCGUGCAGUGCAGGUAUCCCAUAUGGGUGCCAGUUCAAGUCCCGGCUGCUCCUCUUCCGAUCCAGCUCUCUGCUAAUGGCCUGGGAAAGCAGUAGAAGAUGGCCCAAGCCCUUAGGCCCCUGCACCCAUGUGGGAGACCCGGAGGAGGCUCCUGGCUUUGGAUUGGCACAGCUCCGACCACUGUGGCCAAUUGAUGAGUGGACCAGUGGAUGGAAAACCUCUGUCUCUGCCUCUCUUUCUGUGUAACUCUUGACUUUCAAAUAAAUAAAUAAUUUUUUUUUUUUAAUAGUGAAUUCUCUGCUUUCCCAGGCAUGUUAGCAGGGAGCUGGAAGUGGAGCAGCCAGGACUCUAACCAGUGCCCAUUUGGGAUGCUGGCUCUGCUGGUGGAGGCUUAACCUUCUAUGCCACAGUGCCAGCCCCUAUUUUACAUUUUUCAAAUGAUCCCGGCACCUCAACUUCAGACUGUCUCCUCCACUGGCUGGGUAUAUACAGUCCUCACAGUUCUUACCCUGAAAUUUAAUUCUUAAUGCUUGCAAACCUUAUCAAAACUAGAUACAUCCUAGCCGGCGCCGUGGCUCAAUAGGCUAAUCCUCCACCUUGCGGCGCCGGCACACCGGGUUCUAGUCCCAGUCGGGGCACCGGAUUCUGUCCCGGUUGCCCCUCUUCCAGGCCAGCUCUCUGCUAUGGCCAGGGAGUGCAGUGGAGGAUGGCCCAGGUGCUUGGGCCCUGCACCCCAUGGGAGACCAGGAAAAGCACCUGGCUCCUGGCUCCUGCCAUCGGAUCAGCGCGGUGCGCCGGCUGCAGCGGCGGCCAUUGGAGGGUGAACCAACGGCAAAAGGAAGACCUUUCUCUCUCUGUCUCUCUCUCUCACUGUCCACUCUGCCUAUCAAAAAAAAAAAACAAAAAAAAAAAAAACAAAAAAAAAAAAACAAAA